GGAAGUGCUUAGUUAUUCUUGUCUGCUUCGCAGCAGUGUGUGUCAGCAACAAACUACUACACCAGGCUAGCUAAGGUAAAUAGCGAUGUUUUAUAUUACUGUCUGUUUAGCCACACGUUUACUAUAAAAGUAAAACAUUGGGGGCAUAUCUUAUAAAUUGCAUAUACGUGACCUGUUGUUAAAACGGCCCCAAAAGUCAGCUAGCCUCUCCAGGCAUUGUAAAGUUAGCUAGCUAAGGUUAGCAUGCUGGCUGGCUAGCUAGCUAGCAUAUUUCUGUUUGUAACACAUUUGCCUUGUAUGAAUGAACUAACGUGACUUCGCUAACGUUUUCUCACUACUCUAGCUAAUUCAGCUACUACUGUAGCUAUAUGUUAACUUUCUAAUUGGCUAGCUAGAUAUUAUUUGUAAUCAAAUAAUAUAGCUCACGUUAGCGAAUUAACCAGCAGUUCUUAUUGUUUUGAGAUUUGUAUUAUGGACCUUCAUUAAUAUUAUUGGAAGUGUUGGUUUCGCAGGUUUUAUUUUACAGGCAGGCUGAAUCAUGGUAAGUAGCUAGCUACGUUAAUGUUAUUAUCUGUAAUGUACAGGUAACUUCCAAAAUAAAGGAAACACCAACAUAGUGUCUUAAAGUGGCAAUAUGUCACUUUUUGGGCGACCCGACAAAAUUCACAUAAAUGUAGUUAUAGAUCUAUAAUUCUACGUGAACGCAAGACUAAGAAGCGGUAUAUAUGUUCUAUGUGCGCUAUUUCUAUGCUCCCUGUUAAGUUUUGUUUUUGCAUCUUUUACUUUCUGUUUUGUACACCAGCUUCAAACAGCUGAAAAUAUAAUUUUUUUGGUUAUGGAAAAUAUAUUUCACAGCGGUUUAGAUGAUACAAUGAUUCUCUACACUAUACUAGCUUAUUUUGUCACAAACUGAAAUUAGGCAAACUAUUAGAGUUUUACCAAACAGGAAAUGGCGGAACGGUUUCGGUAAAGUGCAACUUUGAUAGGGCGGUGAGCCGCCAGAACAGCUGCAAUGCGCCAUGGCAUAUAUUCUACAAGUGUCUGGAGCUCUAAUGGAGGGAUGUGACACCAUUCUUCCACGAGAACUUCUAUCAUUUGGUGUUUUGUUUGAUGGUGGUGGAAAACGCUGUCUCAGGCACUUCUCCAGAAUCUCCCAUAAGUGUUCAAUUGGGUUGAGAUCUGGUGACUGAGACACACACCCUUUAAACCCCGUAUGUUCCUUUGAGACCCCUCUUUCAAAGUCACUGAGAUCUAUUCUUCAAGCCAUGGUAGCCAAAAAAAUUGGCAACUGGGUACUUUUUAUAAACGACCCAAAGCAUGCUGGAAUGUUAAUUGCUUAAUUAACUCGGGAACUACAAAUGUGUGGAAGCACCUCCUUUCAAUAUACCUUAUAUCCCUCAUUUACUCAUGUGUUUCCUUUAUUUUGGCAGUUACCUGUACAUGUUUAAUAAGAUGCAGUUGACUACCUUUCAGCCUUUACUUGGGUGCUUUCUUCGGAAAUUGAUAACACUUAUUUAUUUUUGUAGUCUCGUAGAUAUGAUUCCCGGACUACCAUUUUCUCACCUGAAGGCAAGUGUUAUCUUUCCAAUAACGAGUUACUGUCCAUAAUGAAUGUUAUCAUCACAUUCAAGACUAUACUGUCAAGUGUUCUCUGACCAACCAUGUCAGACACAACAAUUUAUAGUUGCUGCUUUACAGGACGCUUAUAUCAGGUGGAGUAUGCCAUGGAGGCUAUUGGCCACGCCGGCUCAUGUCUUGGGAUUUUAGCAAAUGACGGUGUACUGUUGGCUGCAGAGAGGCGGAACAUCCACAAGCUGCUUGAUGAGGUUUUCUUCUCGGAGAAGAUCUACAAGCUCAAUGAGUGAGUAUGACCAUAGUCUCCCUUGCCAGGCUUAUAUGUAGCACUACUAUAAGCAUGCCAACAAGACAGAUCAGGACCUGCUCAUAAAGCGUCUCAAGACUAGGAGUGCUGAUCUAAGAUCAGGUCUGCCCUGUCCCUGUAAUCGUAUUCAUUAUGAUCUAAAAGGCUAAACUGAUCCUAGAUCAGCACUCCUACUCUGAAGCUGGGAUGCUUUGCUCCCUCACCAUCCAGUUGUUAGUAGAUGUCAGCCAUGCUGCUACAUUAUACCCAUGGACUGCUCUGUGAUUUGAUUUGGUGUCGUAUCGUUUCAGAGACAUGGCUUGCAGUGUUGCCGGUAUCACCUCCGAUGCUAACGUGCUAACCAAUGAGCUGAGGCUAAUAGCACAGAGGUAUGUAGGGUAGUAAAGUCCACGGUCUCUACCUGUGACACAUUUGUUCAUUAAUUCAUAUACAAAGCCAUGUAUGGUGUUAGUUUGUGUUAGUGCAAGAUCAACAAGGCACCCCUAGUAAUCUAUCACUGUGUCUAUCUGACAGAUAAUGUGUAUGUGUUAUUUAAUUCACACAGAUAUCUACUGCAGUACCAGGAGCCAAUCCCCUGUGAGCAGUUGGUGACCGCGUUGUGUGACAUCAAACAGGCCUACACACAGUUUGGAGGUUAGCUAAUAGACAGAGGCCACAAACACCUCCGUUGGGUUCUCUAGUAAACGCCACCCUGGUUACACUUCCACCAUAGUUGCUGGAACCAUACUGGACCAAAGGGCUGUGUGAAAAGAACAGACCAGAGGCAGCAGAGUACAGUUAGGGUCAGCACACGUUUUGAUUGUGUUUGAUGUGUUGUGUGUCUUCAGGGAAGAGGCCGUUUGGAGUGUCUCUGCUGUACAUGGGCUGGGACAAACACUACGGCUUCCAGCUCUACCAGAGUGACCCCAGUGGAAACUAUGGAGGAUGGAAGGCUACUUGCAUCGGCAACAACAGCGCGGUAAGCCUGCUGUCGUCAACGUUGGCACAAUGCACAUUCAUUGUUUUGGCAGUAGCAUUGCCACAAAGUAAAGACGUGAAACGUCACAGUAGAUGGUGCUACAGUGUUGACUGGGAAUUGAAAAUAUACACUUUUGUGGCAUAAUAUUUCAACAAUUCAGCCCUUGGCUGGAUAUCAGACUUAUGGCUGCCUAACUGGCAUACUACAUCUCAAUGAAAAUAGACACAAUUAUCUAAUUGAGUGGUACUGAGGUGUUAUAUCAUUAACGUCAUAGAUUUAGCCGGUGGUUAACUGUGGAAUAGACACCGGCUGGAAUGCGGUUUUAACCAAUCAGCAUUCAGGAUUAGACCCACCUGUUGUCUAAAUCAUCAUGUUGUAUCUUCUCCUCCCCAGGCUGCAGUGUCCAUGUUGAAGCAGGAUUUCAAAGAGGGCGAGAUGUCACUGUCCUCUGCCCUGGCGUUGGCCGUCAAAGUCCUGAACAAGACCAUGGACGUCAGCAAGCUCUCGGCGGAGAAAGGUAAGAUCCACACCGGACAUCACCAUUCUAAACAACUACUGAGCCUCUCCUGCCUUGGAACACACUGAGUAAACCCAGACUGUAGAUGGUCUUGUGUAGAGUGGGACGGUGUUAUCCUAAUCCACAGCUGUUCUAUGGAGAGUAGGCUAGAAAUGAUGAUGAAGAUGAUGAUGUCUAAAACAUUAGACAUCAUCAGCUGUUGUACAUUAUACACACAAUACUGUAUAUAAUAAAUAUGUUGUAUAGAGAUGUAUAUAGUAAGCUAUACGUCUGUAAUGCAGCCUGAGAUAUGAACAUAGACGUUAUGACUCAUGGAUAUCUUGACCUCCCCAGUGGAAAUAGCCACCCUGACGCGAGAAGACGGAAAGACCAAGAUCAAGGUGCUGAAACAGAAAGAGGUGGAGGAGCUGAUCAAACGACACGAGGCCGAAGAGGCCAAGGCAGAGAAAGACAAGAAAGACAAAGAACAGAAGGAGAAGGACAAAUAAACACUCGUUUCAAAUUCAUACUUUCCUAAAACACCCGUAACGUGUUACGCUCUUGUUAGUCUUUUUCUUUAUUAAAACAUUGAAACCAAAUGUACUGAUAGAAUCUCUAGUUUCAUUAUGUUGUGAUAACCAUUAUUGUGUAUCCAGGCAGACUUCUCAGAAAUACUUUGAAGACUUCAGUAACCCGCCAAGGCAAGGGAAAGAUUAAGGCCACAGGGUAUGUCCUGAUUGUUUACAGAAUUUCAAUGUGUUGUGAACUGGGUCAUGUUCAGUAGCGUACACCGUAGCAAAACACUUGUUAUUAAGUUCAGCUA